UUGCGCCCGAACGCUUGGUGGUGUCGUGAUAUAGGGGUUUCAAAUUGGUUGCAGGCAAAAGAGGGGGGAUAAGAGAGUGGGGAGAGUGGGAAGGGUUCUGCGCGAGGUCUAAGAAUUUAAAAUAAUCUAAACUAACAAAAAAUUUGUUAAUUUUCAACAGAUAUUCACAAAAGUAAUUAAAACAAAUCGUAAAAAUGUUAUCCAAAUGUCCUCAAAUACGGAAUUCAAGAAGAGUAAACGUAAAAGUGAACUAAAAUGCGCAGCACAUUUUGCUUUAAUUUCGACUUUUUAUAUUGCUGUAUGGGUAUCGUAUAGAAUAUUUCCAUUAAUUGUUUCAUCAUCUACUCCUGAAUGGUAUUCCUUAACUGGAUUUUUUAUGAUUUUAAAUAUAUCUUCUAAUGCAAUAAUUUAUUUUACAAUGAAUAAAGAAGUCCAAAAACAAUUAAUUAUUUCUGCAUAUACUUUAUUUGGUUUGCCAACCACAACUUUAACAAAUUCUUCAAACAAUUUAAUGAAUAAUAGAAAUAUUAAUCUGCAAGAACGAUGGGCUAAUCAAAGACCAACACAGCUCCAACCUGUGAAUAAAAUUGUUAGAUAA